GCUCUCAACAACCACACAGACAGUCAAAAUGGCUCCUGCAGGCAAGCAAAAGAAGAAGUGGUCCAAGGGCAAGGUCAAGGACAAGGCCCAGCACGCCGUCGUCCUCGAGAAGGCGACCGCUGAGAGACUCAACAAGGACGUCCAGUCCUACCGUCUCAUCACCGUCGCCACUCUCGUUGACCGUCUCAAGAUCAACGGCAGCUUGGCCCGCAAGGCCCUCGCUGAUCUCGAGGAAAAGGGACAGAUCAAGAAGGUUGUCGGUCACUCCAAGAUGAACAUCUACACCCGCGCCGUUACCGCCGAGUAAACGCUUUUUAACGAAUGGUUUUUCUCGCGGUGCUUAUGAUACCUUUGCUACGAAUGAUAUCUCUAAAUCCGGAAUUCGGCUGGGAACGAUGUUAGUGGUAGAUUAAUCGACCACACUUUGCAUGGAAGGAAAGUUGCGCUACUGGACGUGUCAAGUACAUUGCGUGACUCAAUCAAAUCAACCUGAUCAAUCUGUUCACUACUUGCUAAGUACGUAAUGCGCAUAAACAUAUAUGC